GUUGAUGAAGAGACCAAUUAACCCCUCCUCAAAGAUGCUAUUUGAAAAGAUUGAUAAAAAGAUACAUUUUGAUGUUAAGAAGAGAGAGAAAAACAAAACAGAGCAAAAACAGAGUCUUCAGACAGUAUAUCCUCUUGAUGGAAGAAUUGCUCCAUUUAAUCACAAUGAUUAUCAUCCAAAGAUAGUUUAUGAGAGUUCAAGUACAAUUUUCUCUAGAGUAGGCACCUCCCAUGAUAUUCAUUCAAGAGGUUUUGGAAGGAGAAAAUUUACUGCUCCAGGCACAGACAAGAAAAGCUCGCAGGCUAAUCUACAAAUAUUUCGGUGUAAUUUAGACAAGAACGGAAAAUGCUAUUGAUUGCUUCACAGAGAGAGCAAGUACAGAGGGAAUUCAAACUCUCAAAGCAAGCGAAAGUUGUUCCUAGAAUUCCUGUGCAGAAAUGAUAAGAUUACAGAGAAAUAAACUCAGGAGAGAAAAGAAUAUUAUCGGCAAUAAUAACAAGAAUAAUGACACAGCUUUGUUCAACAGAAAGUUACUAAUGAGCUUAAAAUAAAAUGAAUAAAUUUUCCAAGAGCAUGAAGCCGAAGAGAGGUCUUAAUGAAAAGAAAAAUAAACGGAAGAAUAAAGCACAGGCUGGGAAAGAAACUAGCUUGAUAGUUAAAGAAAAAAGCCGUUAUUCAAGAUGAACUAUCUACAAAAACACCAAAACUCCACUUCAUACAAAAAUGACAUAAAAAUCUCAAGAACACCAAUAAACCUAAAACUCGUUUCCAAACCCAUAAAACACCUCAAACCCUCUCUAAAGCACCCCCAAAACAUGAAAUCGUUCAAACCUCAAAAUCUUACCUUCAAACACCUCCGUUUAAGCUGAAAAUAACCUAAACAGCUCUCUCCAAUCAAUCUCUAAAGAAUACUCCACUUGAAAAUCAAGCAUUUCAAUGCUACGAAAGACCCUUAAGAACUUCCAUUUCAAACGCCCAGAAUCGCCACUCAGAGAGCUACUUGAUAAUACAUCGAAGUAUAGUGC